UCGAGCGAGACAGUUGAGUGCGCGGCGGUGCUGGAAAAGCGAGAACUGAAUUCGAAAAUCCGAAAGCUGCAGAGCCAAGCUCAGGCCAGAAUCAACAAUCCACACAAUCGACUCGAAUCGAAUCGCCAGAAAAAACAGAUCUAACAGAAUGAAGUUUGUGAUUUUGCUGUGCGUGCUGAGCGCGUUGCUGCUGCAAAUCGAGGCGUCUCCCCUGCAGCGUCUUUCCAGAAGCGAGCGAGCGGUGUCCCGCCAGCAGACGGUGAACAAUGAGGUGGCUCCGGCGGUGGCUCCCGCUGAUGAUGAUGAGGACGAUGACGAUGACGAGGACGAUGAUGAUGAGCCCGAUCUGGGAGAUCUGAUCGAUGAUGAUGAUGUUCUUUUGAUUUCGGGACUUUCAGAUGAUGACGAGGAGGAGGACGACGAUGAUGAGGAGGAGGAUGACACGCCCCAGGGACAGGCAGCCCCGGCGGCCACUGCCAGCGAUGACGAUGAGGAGGAUGAUGAUGAUGAUGACUAUCUGGACAGGCUGUUCGAUGACAUCCUGGGAGAUGACGAAGAUGAGGAUGACGAUGACGAGGUUGCUCCCGCCGCCAGUGCCCAGCAGAGCUCGGUGGCCGCUGCUCCCGCCCAGACCCUGGAUGAAGUUGCUCCCGCCGCCGCCUCCUCGGUGAGCUCCGGCAUCUCCGAUGGCGUUGAUCUGCCCGCCGAGUCCGGCAAUGCUGCUGAGCCCGUGGCCGCCGGAAAUGCCGCCGAUGAGUCCAUUUCCGUUGCCGUGGCUCCCGCUGCGGCUGCCAGCAGCAGCAACAAUAACGAAGGUAUCGCCGGCGAUGAUGACGAGGAGGCCGAUGAUGAUGAUGACGACGACGACGAUGACAUCAUUGGCGAUGACAUCAUCGAGGCCCGCCAAGCACGUGACCUGAAGAACAACGUCAUCGACAUGUCCUCGGAUGCCUUCCAGAGUCGUCACAAUCACUUCAUCGAUGCCAUCUUCUCGAGGAUCAAUCGCAUUGUGUCUGAUAAUUUUGAUCCCUUCGUGGUCCGUCUGGCAGGACGAUCGGCCUCAACCGCAGGUGUCAAGGAUAGCUUCAGGGAGGAUAAAACCAACAGCAAGAUGGGAGGUCACAGGAAGGUGAAGAACACGCACUCGGAGCCUCGUGCCAGUGGCAGCAAUCAGGAGAAGGCCGCACAGGAGGCUGCGGUGAAGCUGCAGGAGCAAUUGACGCAAUUACAGUCCGAGCUGGCCAUCAAAGCCGUGGAAAAGAAGCCCAGCGAAUCGCAGGACUCUCCUGCCACUGCCGCCGGUUCGCAGCCAGCGAAGGCGGAAACGCGCACGGUCUCUCGACCAAAAUCUGGUCAAAAGAAGUCCUCGUCGGCCAACAGCAACCAGAAUAAACACAACAGCACGAAAAAGGCGUCUGGCCUGAAAUCUGGUAACUACAAUCAGCCGGCGGGGUCCUCGAAGGCGGGUGCCGAGGUGGAGAAGCUGCAGAAGGCCGAGGGUAGCCUCUCGGGAUUGGCCUCCCUGAAGCGAGUGGGCAAUGUGAAGGUGAUCACCGAUGCUGAGGGACGCAACUCCACAAUCAAAGCCAAGUUCACGCUGGGACCACUGAUCCUGCGCGUGCAAAAGUCCUUCAAGAAGGGCAGCGUGAGGAGCGUAAAGAGUGCCACCGCAAGGACCAACGAGAUGAUCGGUCGCAUCAAGUUCAGUGUGCUGGACGAUCGGGCCACCCUGAUGUCCAUCAAGGUGCAGCAGCCCAAGCAGGUGGAGGUGGAGAGCAAGGACAAUCACGACCGCACCCGCGAGUUUGUGUGGCGACGCACGCCCAAAAUCGCCAAAUUGGUCAACGAAAAGCUGAAAUUGGCAGCCGAAUCUCUCUUUGCCCCCCAGGGCGUUGAGGUUGUCAGGCUCUAAUUUUUCGGGAAAAGUCUGCGAAGGAAGAGCCAACAGGAUAAAGCCAUUUCUCACUGCUCCGCUCAGCUAUCCGUCUAGUGUAGUCUAUGCGUAAUUUUAAAGUCUAAUUUAUUUAUUUAUUUAACUUAUUCAUCUUUGGAUCCAUCUUAUUUAUCAACCCAUCUAUCGA